AUGUCGGGCCGCGGGAAGCAGGGCGGCAAAGCCCGGGCCAAGGCCAAGUCGCGUUCAUCCCGCGCCGGUCUCCAGUUCCCCGUGGGCCGCGUUCACCGUUUGCUGCGUAAAGGUAACUACGCCGAACGGGUGGGCGCCGGCGCUCCCGUCUACCUGGCCGCCGUUAUGGAGUAUCUGACGGCGGAGAUCCUGGAGCUGGCGGGGGACGCCGCCCGCGAUAACAAGAAGACGCGGAUCAUCCCCCGUCACCUCCAGCUGGCGGUGCGUAACGAUGAAGAGCUCAAUAAGCUGCUGGGUGGCGUCACAAUCGCGCAGGGCGGCGUCUUGCCCAACAUCCAGGCGGUGCUGCUGCCUAAGAAGAGCGAGAGCCACAAGGCCAAGGGCAAGUGA